UGGCUGUGCUCGGGUGGAGCGCGGCGGGCGGUGCAAGCGCGCCAUGGACUUCAACAUGAAGAAGCUGGCGUCGGACGCGGGCAUCUUCUUCACCCGGGCGGUACAGUUCACAGAGGAGAAAUUUGGCCAGGCUGAGAAGACCGAGCUCGACGCCCACUUUGAAAACCUUCUGACCCGGGCGGACAGCACCAAGAACUGGACGGAGAAGAUCCUGAGGCAGACAGAGGUGUUGCUGCAGCCCAACCCUAGUGCCCGAGUGGAGGAGUUCCUGUAUGAGAAGCUGGACAGGAAGGUCCCCUCACGGGUCACCAAUGGGGAGCUGCUGGCUCAGUACAUGGCAGAGGCGGCCAGUGAGCUGGGGCCCACCACUCCCUACGGGAAGACACUAAUCAAGGUGGCAGAAGCUGAAAAACGCUUGGGAGGUGCUGAGAGGGACUUUAUCCACACAGCCUCCAUCAACUUCCUCACGCCCCUGCGCAACUUCCUGGAAGGAGACUGGAAGACCAUUUCGAAGGAGAGGCGGCUCCUCCAAAACCGGCGCCUGGACUUGGAUGCUUGCAAAGCACGGUUGAAGAAGGCCAAGGCCGCUGAAGCCAAAGCCACGACGGUGCCUGACUUUCAGGAGACUAGACCUCGUAAUUACAUUCUCUCGGCCAGCGCCUCCGCGCUUUGGAGUGAUGAGGUGGACAAGGCUGAGCAGGAGCUCCGAGUGGCCCAGACAGAGUUUGACCGGCAGGCAGAAGUGACCCGUCUCUUACUGGAGGGAAUCAGUAGCACUCAUGUGAACCACCUUCGCUGCCUCCAUGAGUUCGUCGAGUCUCAGACGACUUACUAUGCGCAGUGCUACCGCCACAUGCUGGACUUACAGAAACAGCUGGGCAGAUUUCCAGGCACCUUCGUGGGCACUACAGAGCCUGCCUCCCCACCCCUGAGCAGCACUUCACCCACCACCACUGCAGCCACGAUGCCUGUGGUGCCCUCUGUGGCUGGCCUGGCCCCUCCAGCGGAGGCUGCUCUCUGCUUGGAGGAAGUGGCUCCACCUGCCAGCGGAACCCGAAAGGCCCGUGUGCUGUAUGACUACGAGGCAGCUGACAGCAGUGAGCUGGCGUUGCUGGCUGAUGAGCUCAUCACUGUCUACAGCCUGCCUGGCAUGGACCCUGACUGGCUCAUUGGUGAGCGAGGCAACAAGAAGGGCAAGGUCCCUGUCACCUACUUGGAACUGCUCAGCUAACUCAAGCCAAGUAUGGUGGCUGCAGCUUUCACCUCUCUAUAAACUCACUUUUUAACUGGUAUUUUUACUUCUGCCUGUUUGCUUGCUCUCUAGCCACUCACAAAUAAUAAAACAUCCUUCGUGUGCAAG